GUAAUCUGAUGUCUUCCAGUGUCUCUGCUCUAGACACUGUUACUACAACAGCACUUGAAUCUCUCGCAUCUGUUCCAGAAAAUGUGUUGGCUCGUGUUUCUCAGAUUUCUAAUAUGAUAUUAGAAGAACAGUCAUUAGCAGCACAAAGUAAAACUGUCCUGCAAAAACUGAUUAAUGAACUUACAUCUGGCCUUCUAAGUUCUCUGGAAACAAUUUUAUCCCCCACUGUGGUGUCCAUACUGAAAGUCAAUAGACAGCUGCAACAUAUUUUUAAGACUUCAUGGAUGAUAGCUGAAAAGAUAGAAGAUCAGAAAAAAGAAAUAGAUGACUUUCUGAGUAUAUUGUGCAACCAUCUAAAUGAACUACGAGAAAAUACAGUGUCUUCCUUGGUUGAAUCACAAAACCUUUGUGAAAGCUUAAGUGAAGACUUGAAGACAGUAAAGAAAACCCACUCACAGGAACUUUCCCAGUUAAUCAAUCUUUGGGCAGACAGGUUCUGUGCUCUGGAGGAAAAGUGUGAAAACAUCCAGAAACCACUUAGUUGUGCUCAAGAAGAUACGAAGCAGAAAUCUAAAGAUAUAAUCGACAAAACAACUUUCCACAGUACAAAAAUGUUUGCUGUUUCUGAUGGCUUGGCACAAGAACUCAGAAAUUUUAACCAAGAAGGCACCAAACUGGUUCAAGACUCUAUGAAAUACUGUAAUACCCUCAACAGUAACCUGGAAACUGUAUCUCAAGAGACGGAACAGAGAUUUAAGUCUCUGAAUUUGAGCACAGCUUGUUUUUCUGAACAGUGGACGUCUUGCUUAAAUAAAAGGGAAGAGGAACUUCAGAACUUAUUGGAG